AUGGCCAAGACCCCAGGUGCAACACCUAUCAAAAGCCCAGAGUACAAGAAAGCCAGAAGGACACUCUUUGCUGAAGAGCCCACACAAGCUGAGGUGCUGACUCCGGUGCCAGCAGGCUGCUUGAACACAGGCCCUGGAGAGCCGACAUCGACACAGUCGUCCCUUCGCAGACCGGACACCCAAAGUACAAUCGUUGGCUCAUCCAGCCAGCUGAUAGAGCCCCUUGAACCUGAAGUGGAGCCCUCCACCAGCGUCCGAAGAUUGAUCUUUGAGGUCUACUUUGGAAUGGCAGCCCCGGACCAAACGUGGCCCGAUGUUGCUGAAGCUGUUCAAGCCGAAGGGGCAGCAUCCAUGGUCACGUGGAUGAAGGAUGCUUUGCCUCGUGACCCGAACCUGGGUCUGGUCAGGUUGGAGGAUUGCAAAGAGGAGCUGCAUGGGGAUAGGGCAAGCUUGCCAGCCAGGCUUGAUGUCAUCAAUGUUGCUUGGGGCAAAGCUGCUGAGUUUGCAGAGAUGCAACAGAAGACUGAGACAAUGUCUGCUUCGGUCCACACCCAGGCUGAGGCCAUGCUGCUGAAACAGAACUACUCCUUUAAAAGGGGUGAGAUCGAUGAGGAUCAAGUGAACCGUCGCACUGCAGCCACAGAGCAGUGGAGGCGCAACAAGCUUGAUGAUCUGCAGCGCCACCUGAAUCAGAAGGAGCUUGCUGCAUGUGUUGCCAUCAGCAACAGUGUGGGGCCCAUCGUAUACAUGUGGGGCCUCGUCCAUGACAAGAUUGCAGGCAAUGGUGGGAAACUCACCGAGGAGCAGAGCUUGAUGAUGAUCGAAGAAAAUGUGGACGAGCUAUUGAUCAUGAGAGAGCUUGAGGACAUGAUGGGCAGCAUGGACCUAGAGGCUGCACCGCCCACGCAGCUCACCACCCAGUCCUCGGAAGCCCAGCAGGAAGCAGCGAAGCAAUCCGAGCAGCAAGCAGAUGGUUUGAAGCCAGUGCAACCAGUGCCUUCAGGUUUUGAGGGAACAGCCCAGAAGGAAGCCGAGCAGCAGGCACCUAUGGACAUUCAGGGAACAGCCCAGAAGGAAGCCCAGCAGCAGCAUGCACCUAUAGACAUCCAGGGAACAGCCCCGAAGGAAACCCAGCAGCAGCAGCAUGCACCUAUGGACAGCCAGGGAACAGCCCAGAAGGAAGCUCAGCAGCAGCAUGCACCUACGGACAUCCAGGGAGCAGCCCAUCAACAGAAAGCAGUGGAUUCGAAGCCAGUGCAGCCAGCAGAGUUGCAGGGAACAGCCCAGGAGGACAGCCAGCAGCAAGCCGCACCAGCAGCAAUGCAGUUGCAACAGGCAGGGGCAGAUGCUGCAGGAGGUGACCAGCCGGUGUCGAAGACCCAGCAAAGGGUUGCAGCUGUGCACAGGGCACUGAAUCGGCCCAACUCCUUCGACAUGAAGGAAGCUGCUUUGCAGGCGAAGGAAAAUGAAUCCGAGGAGGACCGCAUGGCUCGUAUCGCACACAAUGUCUUCAUGAAGUUCUCAAGAUCCAUCAAAAGCCAGAACUGCCCAGCAGAGGUCCUGAAUGUGGCCAAGAAUGCACAUCGUGGUACAAAAGCCCUGGAUGACCUCUUCAAUGAGUACCUGAACUGUGGAGGCGAUUGGCUUACCUCCACGGUUUGCAAAGAGGUGAAGAACCAGGCUGCGAAAGAGGUCCUGGGGGAGGAGGUGUACACAAAAUUGUGUGAUUUGAGGAUUCAGGUGGGAGAUGCUGCUGCUGAGGAGAUCUAUGAAUCCAAGAAAAAGCUCCAGGCAGAGCUCCCUGAAGAUUCGGAGGAGGCUCCCUACAUCCUCAAGCACCCAGAUCUUCCGGGCUGUGAGGAGUGGACCUUGAUCAAAGUGUUCGGCAAAGCUACAGUGACAGCAACCGAUCGCUCAAGCACAACCUCCACCCUGAAGACCGGUGAUGUGAAUCUCAGUGGUGAGGCCACCCGAGCUCUGAUGCCCAGAUUGUUGUCUGGCCUCUCGAACACCGUGGGAUCCACCUCGUCUGUGCAUGGCCACUCGAUGGCCUUGCCGAUUACGAAUGCAGAUGAGACUACAGGUGCAAACCUCUCACCUGAGUCUGUGGUGGAGCCUAUGGACAAGAAGAAGAAGAAUGCCCUCCUGAAUCAGUCGAAGAACAAGGCUGCUAUGGCCAAGGACAAAAUCGAGGAGGUGAAGCUGCUGAAAGACGAGAUCAGUGGUAAUGACAACUUGUCACAGCCUGUGAAAAAUGGGUUCUCUGGUGAGCUUGACAUCCAUGCCAAGAGCCUCCAGGAGGCCAAGGAGAAGGUGGAUGCUUUGGUGGCCAAAAGCUCCACCGACAAGCUACAGGAUUGCUUGGACGAGCUGAACCAAAGCAUCACAAACUACACCCAGUCUGCUACGGCCAUGAAAAAGCUUGCAACCUGUCCGCAAGCAGCGCCAAAGGCGAAAGCUAAGGGCAAAGCCAAGGCGAAGAACGGGUCGAAGCGCAAGUGA